CCCCCUCGCCCCAAUGGUUCAGCCCCUCCCGCCGCGCCGCCGGAAGUGACGCCACUUCCGCCUCCCCCUGAGGCGGAGCGGCGCGGGGGCCGCCAUGUCGACGUCGCUGGGCUCCAACACCUACAACCGGCAGAACUGGGAGGACGCCGACUUCCCUAUUCUGUGCCAGACAUGUCUUGGAGAGAACCCCUACAUUCGCAUGACCAAAGAGAAGUAUGGAAAGGAAUGUAAGAUUUGUGCCAGGCCCUUCACAGUGUUCCGCUGGUGCCCUGGUGUUCGCAUGCGCUUCAAGAAAACAGAAGUGUGCCAGACGUGCAGCAAGCUGAAGAAUGUCUGUCAGACCUGCCUGCUUGACCUGGAGUAUGGUUUGCCAAUCCAAGUCCGAGAUGCAGGACUCUCCCUUAAGGAUGAAAUGCCUAAAUCUGAUGUCAAUAAAGAGUAUUACACCCAGAACAUGGAACGGGAGAUAGCCAACUCUGAUGGCACCAGACCAGUGGGCGCGCUAGGAAAAGCGACUUCCACCAGUGACAUGCUGCUGAAGCUGGCACGGACCACACCGUACUACAAACGUAACCGUCCUCACAUCUGCUCCUUCUGGGUUAAAGGAGAAUGCAAGCGAGGAGAAGAGUGUCCUUACAGGCAUGAGAAGCCUACAGAUCCAGAUGAUCCUUUGGCUGAUCAGAACAUCAAAGAUCGUUACUAUGGAAUUAACGAUCCUGUGGCUGAUAAGCUUCUGAAACGAGCAUCGACCAUGCCUCGACUGGACCCUCCUGAUGAUAAGACCAUCACUACGCUGUAUGUCGGAGGGCUCGGAGAUACCAUCACUGAAUCGGAUCUCAGAAAUCACUUCUACCAGUUUGGGGAAAUUCGGACGAUAACUGUGGUGCAGAGGCAGCAGUGUGCUUUCAUCCAGUUUGCCACCCGGCAAGCUGCAGAAGUGGCUGCUGAGAAAUCCUUCAACAAGCUCAUCGUCAACGGCCGCAGGCUCAAUGUCAAAUGGGGAAGGUCUCAGGCAGCAAGAGGAAAAGAGAAGGACAAAGAAGGUACCACAGAAUCUGGGAUAAAGCUGGAACCAGUUCCAGGACUUCCCGGAGCUCUCCCACCUCCUCCAGCUGCAGAAGAGGAGGCUUCUGCAAAUUACUUCAACCUACCUCCAAGUGGCCCUCCAGCUGUGGUGAACAUUGCCUUGCCACCACCUCCUGGCAUUGCUCCGCCACCACCUCCAGGUUUUGGACCACACAUGUUCCACGCCAUGGGGCCGCCGCCUCCCUUCAUGAGAGCUCCGGGCCCCAUUCACUACCCGUCCCAAGAUCCCCAGAGGAUGGGUGCCCACGCGGGAAAGCACAGCAGCCCCUAGCACAUCGUGUCGCCCUUGUCAUUUAAGUAAAUGUCAUUUUCUAGUUACCAUGGUAGUGCCGUAUGUUGAGCUGUGGGUGAGCUAGAGCAGCCUUCUUUCCCUGCUUGCAGACGCUGGGCAGGCUGAGCUCCGCGUCACCGUUACCGUCGAUGCAGCCCGGGUCUUUCGUUUAGUACCGGGGGGUGGGGGGCAGACAGAAGGGCUGUCAGGGGGGGCUGUGGAUCAGGUGUACCAGGAUUAAGUGCUCGUAGUGUAUCCCAUUUGCACACUUUUGAAAUAAACUUCUGGAAAAACAAAAACCAAA